AUGGAUUUUACGGAUUCAGAGACACAACCUCCGGAUGAUUUAUCARAUUUGGAAACAAAUUACAAUAAUAUGCCUCCUCCACUUGCUCCAGAAUGUAACAGUUUCAAAUGGAAAGUACAAGUGAUWGAUUCUGGAGGUUUACUUGGAUCGUGGUUAGGUCAAUUAAGCCAUGAUCUGAAUUUGCUACCCAUUAACUACAUCGAUUGGACGACUGUUAAUCCUCACACAAAAGAAAGGGCAUGGGAAGUAAUUCAGAAUCAACCUGUGGUCGUURCRGAGGACCAGUGGCAUCAUUUCGUUCYCAUAAGGUUCAGUGAAAAGUGGCAGGUAUGGAGUAUUCGUUGGAUACUUAUGGGUGUGAUUGUCGUUGAGCUGGAGAGACAAGUGACAGGAUUAGUUGAUCAAGUCAAUGGAUUGACUUCGUUCGUCCAACAGAUACUUGGUUCUUCAACCCCUGAACAGGCAAGGAUAUGGGCGAGAAGUUUUGCAACAACUUUUGCAGAAAUACCAAAUCCAGCUUUGCAGAAAUACCAAAUCCAGCUUUUGCAAACAUACCAAGUCCAGCUAAUUCUUAGGAAAUGGAUGAUGGUGCUAAUGGAUAUGGAAACAGAUAAUGGGGAUGAUGGGGCCAAUGGAUAUCAAAAUGCUUAA